AAAGCGACGUGGUGUCCGCUCCCGCGCUCUUCGAAGGAAAAGGAGCGCGCGAUCGCUUGAACCGACAAGAAAAGCGCCGGAACGCGACGCGACAGUGCCACACGAUGACGGAGCCCUGCGAAGUGUUCCACGAGACUUGCGCGACGACCGAGAUCGCAAUGUCUUAGUCGCGGAGAACUCGUGUCAGCACCUCGACACUAUCUUAUAUUCGCGCACUCCACCGACCGCACUGCGAAGUCCCCUGCGAUGCCGCACUCGAAGCAACGGGAGUCGUCUUCCAUCAACAAGCGCCGUCGCUCCAGUUUCGCGGCUUUCCACAGCUGGGGCUGAGAACUCCACUCGCAAUUUGUACGGUGCUAAUAUUUUGUGCGGAACAGUCAGCAUGAACUGGAUUAGACGCUCGCCGUGGCGCGCCAGAGUUUUUGCGUGCGUCGUUGGGAUCGUCUUCGCCGGAACACUGCAGGGUACUGCGGAGGACAUUAUCGAUGAAGAGCUGCCGCCGUUCUUCGCGGAGGUGAUACCAAACGUCACCGUACCUCGCGGGAGAGACGCCAGGAUUCCCUGCGUCAUCGACAACCUUGGAUCGUACAGGCCGGCGUGGAUCAAGGUGGAGGACAAGGGCAUCCUGAGCAUUCACCACCUGGUGAUCAGCCGAAACUACCGCAUCUCGCUCAGCACCAGCGACAACAGGCAUUUCGUGUUGCACAUCCGGAACGUGCAGGAAUCAGAUCGCGGUGGCUACAUGUGCCAGAUCAACACGUCGCCCAUGAUGAGCCAAGUCGGAUACCUGGACGUACUCGUGCCCCCUGAUAUCGUGGUCGAAGAGAGCAGCUCGGACGUGGUGGUUCGCGAAGGUUCGAACGUGACGCUGACCUGCAAAGCUCGGGGCUACCCACGCCCAACCAUCACCUGGCGCCGUGAAGACAGCGAGCCUAUCCCGCUCGGCGCAUGGAAAAACGGAAAGAAAACGCAAACACUGGUUCAAACAUACGAAGGGGAGUACCUGACAGUGACGCGGGUGAGUCGGGUACACAUGGGCGCCUACCUGUGCAUCGCCAACAACAACGUGCCAUCACCUGUCAGCCGAAGGAUCAUGCUGCACGUGCACUUUCCACCGGUGAUCUGGAUUCCGCUCCAGCUGGUGGGUGCCCCGCAGCGCGCAAACGUGACGCUGGAUUGCCACAGCGAGGCGUAUCCACCGGCGGUCAACUACUGGGCCAAGGACAACCACAAGAUCUUUCUGGACAACGAGAAGUACUCGCUGAGCGUGCGCAAGGGCGGCUACAAGGCCCACAUGCAGCUCAGCGUGAGGCAGCUGCGUGAGCGCGACUUCGGCACGUACCGCUGCCUCUCCGAAAAUCUGCUCGGCUCCACUGAAGGCUCUGUCAAGCUAUACGAGCUCUCGCCGCAUUCUCGGCAGCAGCAAAGUCUGGAUUCGCACCAAGCGGAUAGGCAUCCACACGGCCGAAGUUCCUACCACGAUGGGAAAUAUUUCACCUCCGAAGACGGCUUUUCUGAGAACGAGGGGCCUAAGGAUGGUACCUCACAAGACACAAGCGGCGGCAUUUCUGCCUUGGACGACGCCCUUGCAAGACUCGUAGCUCUUCUACUGGUGCUGCUGUGCGCGAGCUGA